GUCAGUAGAGUUUUAGACGCGUAACCGGACGCUACGUGGGCGGUACAAAAAAAGCGAAGGAAAUCGCGUGCUAAGUGAAAGUGAAAACGGAAAGAUUAAAACAAGAGUUCUUUCUUGAAGCCCCAAGAUCGUAGGGAGAUCUUACACAUAUAUAUAGAAAAAAUCAUAGAAUCUUGUGUGCUAAAUACACUGCCAGUGGCUGGCAAUUAAAAUACUUAAUUGCUUGUGAAAGAGUUAAUAAGUAAGCUGUCAACGGCGACCUUGGCAGUGUGGAAUAUAGAUCUUGAGAUAAACGCAAUGUACAGUGUUUCGGUUUUAAGUUGUCUUUGCCUCGGCCUGAGUUUAAGUUUGGCCAGUCCCCAGUUGAACCUGCCCACCCCCCAACCGGAGGUUUUCUACAAUGGCUACACCCCGAAUGUGGCCACCACUCCAGCCCAACUUCGAGCGGAUCGGGAUCGGGAUCAGCGUUAUGGACCUCCCUACUCUGAUCAGGGAAGAACUGGCAACACAGACGAUGGGCUGGACGACUUUAGGUAUGGCCAGACAGAUGACGAACGCAUGAGGAUCGGUUAUAAUUAUCCCUCGCCCCAAGUGAACUUCAGUGACUCACCCUUCAGUGGGAAUAGGUUUUCCAAUCACAACUACGGACCCAUUUCCAGUACCACCGAUCGCAGCUACGGCAACGAUCCCAAUCUAAAUCAGCGAUACUCGGAUGUGCCCUACUCCUCUCAAGGAGAGCGCAAUUUCAAUCCCAACGAGCAGUACAAUUACAAUAAUAAUCCCAAUGUGGAAUUUGUGGGCGUUAACAAUCGCAAUCGGUUCGAGAAUCCAUUCCUUCCGAACCAGGAUCGGUUCAACCUGAAUCAGGGUUACUUGGAACGACAGCGCUACCAGCAGGAUCGUCGCUAUCAGCAGGAACUGGAGAAGCUGCGCAUCCUGCUGGUGGAGUCCGACCAGAAGGGAUCUCUGGAAUGCACCGCCAACGUGGCUGCCCAGUGGAAUUUCGAGACGAACGUCAAUGAUUUUACCCAAACGGAAGCGCUAAACGCUCAACAACGAUAUGUUGAGUUCCAACGAAUCACUGCCGAACAAUCGAAACGGAUCAAUAAGGAUCUGAUCUUCGAUCGUCGCCUCUACAGACAACUGAUGUUGCAGUCGGAAGUAGGACCCAAUGCCCUUCCCCUAGAUGUUUUGGACAGGUACAAUCGCCUGCUAAAUGAGAUGCUGUUCCUGUACAACAGCGCCGGAAUCUGUGCCUACCAGCAGCCCUUCCAGUGCGACCUUCACUACAUACCCCAGCUGAAGGACAUCAUGGCCAAGAGCAGGGAUUGGGAUGAGUUGCAGCACACUUGGGUGGAAUACCACAGGAAGGCGGGACGGGGAAUGCGGGAUAGCUAUGAGCAGUUGAUCGAUGUAAUGCAAGAGGUGGCAUAUGUGAACAAUGUCACCAAUGGCGGAGAGUACUGGUAUCUGGGUUACGAGUCGGGUAACUUCCGCCAGGAUAUGGAUAUUGUGUGGGAGCAGAUAAGACCCCUCUACGAGGCCUUGCACGCCUACGUUCGCCGGAAGUUGAGGGACUACUAUGGUCCGGAUCGUAUUAACCGGAUAGCUCCGAUUCCCUCGCAUAUUCUGGGCAACAUGUACGGCCAGUCGUGGUCCAAUGUGUUGGAUAUUUUGAUACCCUAUCCGGGUCGCAAGCUCAUCGAUGUUACACCGAGAAUGGUGGAGCAGGGCUACACACCGCAGUUGAUGUUCCAGCUGGCCGAGGAGUUCUUUACCUCGAUCAACAUGUCAGCCGUGGGACCAGAAUUCUAUCGAAACUCCAUUUUUGAGCAGCCCUUGGACAGGCGAGUAUUGUGUGAGCCCUCCGCCUGGGACUUUUGCAAUCGUCACGAUUUCCGAGUGAAAAUCUGUACGGACAUCAACCAAAGGAGUCUGAUUAGUGUGCAUCAUGAGAUGGCCCACAUUCAGUACUUCCUGCAGUACCGUCACCUGCCCAAGAUCUUCAGAAAUGGUGCCAAUCCCGCCUUUCAUCAGGCUGUGGGCGACGCCAUUGGCCUCUCCGUAUCGACUCCCAGGCAUUUACAGACCCUGGGACUUCUGCAGAGGUCCCUCGACGAGUCCAGCUAUGAUAUAAACUAUCUAUUUACCAUGGCAAUUGACAAGGUGGCUUUUCUGCCUUUUGCAUUGUCUUUGGAUAAUUGGCGUUACGAUGUCUUCAGUGGCAAUGCGAACAAACGAACUAUGAACUGUCACUACUGGAAUUUACGUGAAAAGUAUUCUGGCAUAAAGCCUCCAGUCCUGCGCUCAGAGAAGGAUUUCGACAUGGGAGCCAAGUACCAUAUACCAGCAAAUAUUCCCUACAUCAAGUACUUUUUCUCCACGGUUCUGCAGUUCCAGAUCUACCGAGGCCUGUGCCGCGAGUCUGGCCAAUACAUCCCGGGUGAUCCGAGGAAGCCCCUGCACCAAUGCGACAUUUACCGGCAGCCGGCAGCAGGCAAUCUUCUCAAAACCCUCAUGUCGAAGGGCGCCUCCCAGCCCUGGCAAGAGGUCCUUGAGGAAACCCUGAGAGAGGGUCGCUUGGAUGGCACCGCCCUGCGGGAAUACUUUGCCCCCCUUGAGGAGUGGCUGCGUCAGGAGAAUCUCAGGACGAACGAGUAUGUGGGAUGGAACUACGAUGGCGACUACUGCAAACGCAGCAUCGAGACUGCUGGCCUGCAAAUCUUUGGAGGUUACUACAAUGGAGGCAAUCGCCCAGGGUCAUCAUCUUACCUCUACCCCCUGAUAUUUCUAUUUUACUCUUACUUCAGCUUACAAUUCUUUUGAAAUUCUUUCGAACACAAGCCUAUUUUAAGAAUCUGUAAACAAACAGUCAGACAAAAUGUUGUUCCACUUACUACUUCCGCUUAUUCAAGUCGCACCUAUAACCAAGUUGAACUUGAAUCAAUGCCAAAAAAUACACACACACAAUUCUAAAAUUAAAUAAACGAAAAAAAAACGCAAAUCUGA